AUGAGCGGAACAACACGCACUGGAUUGGUGCCCACGCCAAAGCGGCAUAUCAAAUAUGUGAAAAAGCGCAAGCAUCUUUAUGCGGAUGAUACGCGUAUGCCGUUGAAAUUUGAGGCGACUCCAAUGCCGCUCUCGCUGCGUCCCUUUGGUGGUCUGUUUAAUCCCUUUGCCAAGGGCUGCUCGGUGCUGUGCAAUCAUCCGGCACCGUCAGGCGUCAAGGAUGUCAUCAAUCAGCUGAAGACAUCGCUGGCCAUCGAGGGCAAAAGCCCCGUGCAAACGGGCGCAAAAGAUAAGCAGCAACAACGUGAGGAGCAACUGCAGCCACAUGAGGCAGACAACAUACCAGAGGAUCUAUUCAGACGCUAUGCGGAAACCGACUCUCGGCCAAUGACGCCCACGCCCACAGUUACGAGCAUUCAUACGAGAACGAGUGCUGGCUCCUUUUAUCGUCGCUGCAUUACUCCGGAGUGGGGCAAGCAUGAGAACAUCCAACGCAAGAAGAUAAUCUUAGAUCUGCGACGUUCGCACUCGCAGGAGACCCUCUACUGGAAGCCCAGCUCAGAGCUGACGCAAAGCGGCAUCGAUGAGGGCAAGAAACCCAAGAGCGCCGGGGCCAACGAGGAGAAGAAACCGCGUCGUCAGCAAUCCAACGAACAGCGGCCCAAAUCCUCGCUGGCCACCGCUAAUCUCACAUCCAGCAUGGAUCCACAUGCCGAUCUGGAGGCAAAGGCGCCCAAAACAUGCAUCAAUGAACAUGACAUGAGCGACGAGGAUGCCCGCCGCGGCAAGAAACGAAAGAAGUUGAAGCCAGCAACAGCCACCACUACUUUCCAUUUGAGUGAGGAUCCGGAGACUCAGGUGGCUGCUCUGGGACCCGAUUCUCUAAACGCUAGCACGCGUCCCAGCUUGAUACCCAAUGCCAUCAGUUUGCUGCCCAAGGAUAAGCGCGAGACGGAAAGGGAGCCCAUUCUCCUCAAGGGAAGCUUUCUCACUGAGGAAGCAUUUCAGGCGCUGAAAACAGAUCUCACCGUGGACCUCAUCGAGAACACCUUUGGUCGCUACCUGAAUCGCGCGCUGCGUGAAGCCAUCAAGUAUAUGCCCAAAACUGUGGUGCAUAGCAAGCCUGUCGAGGAGCCGGAUAAGACAACGUCUAGCAGCUCAAGCUCCAAGAUGCCACGCAAGUUCUCCAAGUCAGCUACGCGCUUCGAUGUACCCAUGGAUCUCUCCAUGCUCAAGAACAUGACACCCUGGGAUUAUCUGAGCAAAUAUGUGUGGGUGUCGCAGCAGCGCAAGCAACUCUAUAAGCGUGUGUUCCUCAAGUACUUGAGUCGCUGCGAGGAGCCGGAAAGCGAAUUGGCUCUGGGCAACGAUGAAGUGCCGCUUGUGGAGUACAAGGAACGCACUAUGGUGUGGCGCAGCUUGCCUCAGGCACUGGAGGAUGUUCUGGAGUUCCAUGGCACCGCUACCAAUGUGCAGAAUACGCUCAGCCAUUUGGGCUACGAAACGGACGUUUGUGGCGAAUUAGAUUUUCGUGUCUGGUGUGGCAUUGUUUCAUUUGCCGAGCGUUUGGCACUAACAAAUGCCGCUUGCAGCGACGAUGACUCUUGCGAUGAGCUCGAAAAGUCUGAUUUCAAUAGCAUGGAGCAGUUGAUAGAACAGUUCGAAGUUCCCGAAAUGUUGCGUGAAAUCUUUCGAAUUAUACGUAUUACACAUAAGAUUAAAUUUUAA